UCGACGCUCGCGCCUUGUCAACGCAAAUGGAUUUGGACGUGCACGUGAAAGAAAACAGACUUACUCUGUCUAAAGUAUAAGACGUCGAGCAAUGUAGAAAGUCUGUUUCAGUUUAAGACCAGCUGGCAUUGAGAUCGUUUGACACUCGCAGACUUUUCGUCGUCCAAACGCAGGGCUAGUUUUUAAUUAAAUAUUAACGAUAAACGAUUAAAGGAGAAGAACACAGCACGGAGACGAUGUCGGGGUGCCUCGAGAUUCUCGGCAUGGGCUUGAACAUCGGCGGCACGCUGCUGGUGAUGGUGGCGUGCGGCUUGCCCACGUGGAAAGUGUCCGCUCACAUCGAAGGCAACAUCGUGGUGGCGCAGACAUUCUGGGACGGCCUUUGGAUGUCAUGUGUGGUGCAGAGUACCGGUCAGAUGCAGUGCAAGCUGCACGACUCGGUGCUGGCGCUCUCCAGGGACUUGCAGACGGCGCGCGCGCUUACCGUAAUCUCGGCCGUGCUGGGCGCCCUCGGCGCAGCGCUCACGGUGUCUGGCGCGCGCUGCACCAACUGCGUGCGCACGCCUUCCACUAAGGCGCGGGCUGUGAUGUCCGGAGGCGCGCUGUGCGUCGCGGCGGGUCUCUUUGUGCUCGUGCCUGUCUGCUGGAUGGCCAACAACAUCAUCUCGGACUUCUACAACCCACAGGUUCCGCACGCCAACAAGCGAGAGAUCGGCUCCGCGCUCUACAUCGGCUGGGCGGCUGCCGCGCUGAUGCUGCUCGCGGGCGCAGCGCUCUGCUGUUCGGGGCUGCAAGACGGCAAGGCGGCAUACACGGUCAAAUACCCGAUCAGCAAGAGCCCCGUGCACAACGGGGACUACGACAAACGGAAUUAUGUGUGAGUGCGCGGCGGACUCUGAAGGCUGCGAACAUUUAAAAACAGCAGCAGCCCAGUUUUAACGCACGCCAAUUAGAGGAGAAUGAAACGAAGAAAUGUCAGUGUUACCAGUGUGCCUGCAUCGCUGCAUUGAAAGCCUUGUACUGUAAUUUAAAUUUAUUCUUUUGCAAAAAUAUUUUUAUUUUAGUAGAGAGUGUAAUUGGAAGGGUAUACACGGGUAGUUUUCUCUUAAUUUUUACUUUAUAUUACACUUUAAUUUUAAUGACAUUUGGUCUAUUUGUUUCAUUAUGUGAUUGUAUUUUUUAGUAGUUGUUUUAUAUUUUGUUUUUUUUUUCCUUGUUGGAGUUGUUUGUUUUUUGUUUGUUUGUUUGUUUUUUAAUAAGAGUAAACGACGUUGGUUUGCGUGAGCUUCAUUACACAGCACCUAGGGUGGAAGGUGGGAGGGGGGCUGAUGUGUCUUGUGUUUUUUCCUCUGUACACCACCGCACUAAUUACACAUGGUCUGUGCUGCCACAGUCCCAGCAUGCUCUGUGAAUAGCGCCUAUUGUUUCACCAAAACACGCCUGUAGACUGAAAAGUGCCUGACAAUAAAAACCUACUGACACUGUG